AUGAAAUCCGCCUCCUCUUCCGCCGCCGCUCCUCUCACGCUCCUCCUCCUCAUCCUCCUCCUUUACUCCCUUUCUUCAUUCAAUGUGGCCGCCGGAGAAAACCCCUUCUCGCCCAAGGCUUCCUUAUUGCGCUACUGGAGGACUCAGAUCUCCAACGAUUUGCCAAAGCCGGAGUUCCUUCUGAACAAAGCCUCCCCGCUUACCGCCGUUCAGCACGCCGCCUUCUCCAAGCUCGCCGCCGAUCCGGGAUCUCUCUCCGACCACCUCCCGGAAUUUUGCAACAAGGCCAACUUGCUGUGCGCUCCGGAUUUGUCCCCAAGCCUCGAGAAACACGCCUCCGACGUCAACUUCGCCGGCUACACCGACAGGAACUUCACCAACUACGGCACCGACCGCCUCGGCGGCGCCGACGUCUUCAAGAGUUACUCCGAGAACGAGAACGUUAUCGUGGACACCUUCCGCCGGUACAGCCGCGACUCCACGGGCCACGGGGACGCGUUUUCCGCCUACGCCACGGAAGGCAACGUGGUGGACCAGAGCUUCAACACUUACGGCACCUCCGCCACCGGCGGCCAGGGGCAGUUCAAUAAUUACAACGACCACGUCAACGUGCCCAACCUCAAGUUCGCGUCCUACUCAGACGACGGCAACGGGCGGCAGCAAAUCUUCGCCCACUACACAACGCAGGCCAACUCCGGGGACGAGGGGUUCAGCAGCUACGGGAAGAAGGGCAACGGUGCCAUCUCCUCAUUCACCAGCUACGCCACUGACUCCAACGUCAUUGGGUCCACCUUCUCCCACUACGGCGAGCAGGCGAACGCGGCCAACGACAGCUUCACCUCAUACGGCACCAACACCAAUGUCCCCGAGAACAAUUUCAACAAUUACGGCGCGGAGGGAAACGCCGCCACAGAAACGUUCGCGAAUUACAGAGACCAGGCGAACGUCGGGGACGACGGUUUCAAAUCGUACGCCAAGCGCUCCAACGGCGGCCAUCUCGAUUUCAAAAACUACGGCAAAUCGUUCAACGAGGGGACCGAUAAAUUCAACAGCUACGGCCAGGGAUCCAGAGGGGUGACCGCCGGAUUCCAAUUCUACUCCAAGAACACCACCUUCGGGGAUUACUCGAAGCAGGUGGUCACCAAAUUCUCCACAUACAGGAACACAACCUCCUCCUCCUCCUCCUCCGGCUCCGGCGCCGUCAACAAGUGGGCAGUGGAGGCGGGGAAGUUUUUCAGGGAGUCGAUGCUGAAAGAGGGCACAGUCAUGCCUAUGCCGGACAUACGGGAUAAAAUGCCCAAAAGGUCAUUUUUGCCCCGGACCAUAGUCUCCAAACUGCCCUUCUCCACCUCCAAAAUCGAGGAGAUAAAGAGGAUCUUCCACGGUGGCGACAGCGUGGCGAAAAUGGUCGGCAACGCGUUGACCGAGUGCGAGCGGGCCCCUACCCCGGGGGAGACGAAGCGGUGCGUGGCCUCCAUCGAGGACAUGAUUGACUUUGCGACAUCGGUUUUGGGGCGGAACGUGGUGGUGCGGACGACGGAGAACACGGAGGGGUAUAGCGGUAAUAUCCUGCUGGGGGAGGUGAGAGGGAUCAACGGUGGGAAAGUGACCAAGUCGGUGUCGUGUCAUCAGAGCCUCUACCCUUAUCUGCUCUACUACUGCCACUCGGUUCCCAAAGUCCGGGUCUACGAGGCCCGUAUUUUGGACCCGAAUUCCAAAACCAAAAUCAACAACGGUGUUGCAAUCUGCCAUCUGGAUACCUCGGUCUGGAGCCCGGGUCACGGGGCUUUUGUGGCGCUCGGCUCCGGACCCGGGAAGAUUGAGGUUUGCCAUUGGAUUUUCGAGAAUGAUAUGACGUGGGCGACUGCGGAUUGA